AUGUGCUCACUGGAUCUAACCAAUCCACAAACCAUAGUUAGAAGCGUUGCGUCAGUGUGUCGUGACUUGAUAUCGGCAUUGUUGUUACAAUCAGGAGAUGUAGAAACCAAUCCUGGACCUAGUAUCCAGGAAUCACUCGACCAGCUUCUUGCUGGCCAAUCUGAAAUGCGGAAAGAAAUAAGAGAGAUCAAUGAAAAACAAUUAAGUUUAGAUUCAUUUGUCAGAGAUGUCCUAACACGGCUGGAUAAGGCAGAAAAGGACAUAGAUGCGCUGCAAAAAAAAGAACGGGACUCUCCUCUGCUACAAGUUAUUGCAGAUAUUCAGCAAGCGAACAAACUACAAGAGAGGAGGCUUGUUGAACUCGAAAACAGGUCCAGAAAAGACAACCUUGUUAUAUUUGGCAUUGAAGAGCAAACCGGCGAAACUGGAGACUCGCUUAAAGACAAGGUCAUAAAUAAUCUUUUCAAAACCACUCUGAAGGUCACUGUAAACAGUGUUGACCGUCUGCAUCGUCUUGGUAGACAUGUUCCCGAGAAAACAAGGCCAGUCAUACUGCACUUCCAAGACCACAGUGAAAAAAUGUCUGUUCUUAAGAAUUGUCAUUUACUAAAGGGAAGUAAGGUUUCUGUCCGGCAUGAUUUGUCGCAGGAAACAAUUCGAACGCGAAAGUUGUUCUGGACAUCUGCGCAGCCAGAUAAACAAAACGACGCUAAAGUGUUUCUGGUUCAUGAUAAGCUUCAUGUAAACGGUGACAUUUAUGCGUGGGAUGACAGCACACAAACGCGCGUGAAACUGCCCAGCAGCAGCAAGAAACGUGUUUCCACCGCUCCGUGACGUCAGAAGCAAAUAACCUUCCGACUUGUGUCAUUUAAUGCGCAAAGUGUUUUGAAUAAACUUACAGAUUUCGAGGCAAUGCUCCUUGAUUUUGACCCCCACGCCACUUUGAUAACCGAAACAUGGCUGCACUCAGAUAUACAGGACAGCGAAGUCAUUCCGCCGACACACAAAAUUUACCGAAACGAUAGACUGUCACGUGGCGGUGGCGUUGCCAUUGUCCUGAAGUCCGAGUUAGGCGCGUGCCUACUACCAGGCAUUCCUA